AUGUCGAUGAUAAUUCUCGAAAAAGAAGCACCAGGAAAUAAUAUUGAUGUCUACUUACAACCCUUAGUCAAAGAGCUGAAAGAGUUAUGGGCAAAUGGCGUGGAUACAUACGAUUCUUUCAAGAAAGAGAUGUUCAAGUUGCAUGCAAAUUUGAUGUGGACGAUUAGUGACUUUCCAGGUAUGGGCGCACUUUCUGGGUGGAACACAUACACAGGGCCUGCUUGCCCAUCGUGUAACUUUCAAACUACACCUCUCCGUCUUAAAGCUAGCCGUAAAUGGUGUUUUAUGGGUCAUCGUCGUUUCCUUGACCAGAGACACAGGUUUAGAUUAAACAGGAUCCGCUUUAAUGGUGAACAAGAAAUACGGAGUCCACCGAGAACAUUAUCUGGACAUGAAGUUUUUGAACAGGUUAAAGAUAUUGAAGUCAUCUUUGGUAAAAAGUCAGUGAAAGAAAAAUCGCUAAAAAGAACAUUUGAGGGACAACCUAUAGAAGGUGAUAGUACACAGUGUGAUCCUACACUAGGUCAUCCUCAACAAUGGAGAAAAAAGAGCAUAUUUUUUGAACUUCCGUAUUGGAAGGAUAAUCUUCUGCGCCAUAAUCUUAAUCCAAUGCAUAUUGAGAAAAAUGUGUGUGAUAAUGUCCUAUUUACUUUACUAAAUGAUAGGCAAAAAAGUAAAGACAAUUCUAAAGCUAGAGAUGACCUUCAAAACAUGGGUAUAAGACCUGAUCUUUGGCCUGAUGAAAAUGGUAGAAUUUCUCCGGCAGCCUUUACUUUAAUGGGUAAAGAUAAAAGGAAUUUUUUAACAACUUUAAGGAAUAUUAGGGUGCCUGAUGGUUAUUCGAGCAACAUUUCUAGAUGCAUUGAUUUAGUAAAUCUCAAGGUGAAUGGAAUGAUGAAGAGUCAUGAUUGUCAUAUAUUAAUGGAACAACUCCUACCAUUAGCCAUUCGCAACAUAUUACCUCAUGAGAUUUCAGCAGUUUUGAUUGAGUUGUGCUCAUUCUUUAGACAAUUAUGUGCCAAGGUAUUGAAAAUUGAAGAAUUGGAAAAAUUGCAAAACCAAAUUGUCCUUACUUUAUGCCACAUGGAAAUGUUAUUUCCUCCCUCGUUCUUCACGGUUAUGGUUCACUUGGCUGUUCACCUUGUUGAAGAAGUUAAACUUGGAGGUCCUGUUCAUUAUCGAUGGAUGUAUCCUAUUGAAAGAUACUUGGGAAAACUUAAAUCGCAUGUACGUAAUAAGGCAAAUCCAGAAGGGUCUAUUGCAGAAGGAUACCGUUUUGAAGAGAUUCUUACAUUUUGUUCAAGAUAUCUAGAAAAUAUUGAAACUAGAUGGAAUCAACCUGGACGUGUAGAUGAUGACCCUAUUGGUGAUAUCCAAACAGGAUCACGUGUAGCCGAAUUAUUUCCUAUAUUUGGAAAACCCGUGGGUGGAUCUUCUUAUUACACCCUAACACCAAUUGAAAAGUUGCAGGCUCAUAGACACAUUUUAACGAAUUGUCCAAUAGUUGACGACUAUCUAAAGCAGUUCCGAAGUAUUACUCAGAAUCAACUGAAGCGCAGUCAAAGAAGUGCUGCUGAGAUAGAUAAGAAGGUUCAUAGAGAAUUUGCUCACUGGUUCCGCAAUCGUAUUUGCAACAAUCUUGACAACAUUCAUGGACCAGAUAAAGAUGUUCUCAUUAGCCUUGCUUAUGGCCCUUUUGAUAUGGCCCUUUUGAUAAAGUUAAAAGAUUUACUGCGUUCGAUGUCAAUGGAUUCAAAUUUCGAACAUUGGAACGAGAUAAUCUUUUAA